AUGGCCUCGGCUAGCGGCGGCGGCGGCGGGGUGGCCGCUGCGGAGCCCGAGCGCCCUCACCAGCGGCCUUUCCUGAUCGGGGUGAGCGGCGGCACGGCCAGUGGAAAGUCCACAGUGUGUGAGAAGAUUAUGGAACUGCUGGGCCAGCAUGAAGUGGACCACCGCCAGCGCAAGCUGGUCAUCUUGAGCCAGGACAGGUUCUAUAAGGUCCUGACCGCCGAGCAGAAGGCCAAAGCGCUGAAGGGCCAGUACAACUUUGACCACCCAGAUGCUUUUGAUAAUGAUUUGAUGCACAUGACCCUGAAACACAUUGUGGAGGGCAAAACCGUUGAGGUCCCGACCUAUGAUUUUGUGACCCACUCAAGGUUACUGGAGACAACUGUGGUUUACCCUGCGGAUGUGGUUCUGUUUGAGGGCAUUUUGGUAUUCUAUAGUCAAGAGAUCCGGGACAUGUUUCAUCUUCGACUCUUUGUUGACACCGACUCAGAUGUGAGGCUGUCUCGUAGAGUUCUCCGAGAUAUGAAUCGUGGGAGGGACUUGGAGCAGAUCCUAACACAGUACACCACCUUUGUUAAACCUGCCUUUGAGGAAUUCUGCCUGCCGACUAAGAAGUAUGCUGAUGUGAUCAUCCCUCGAGGAGUUGACAACAUGGUUGCCAUCAACCUGAUCGUACAGCAUAUUCAGGAUAUUUUGAAUGGUGACAUCUGCAAAUGGCAGCGGGGAGUUCCAAAUGGGCGGAGCUACAAGAGGACGUUUCCUGAGCCUGGAGACCCUCCUGUUGUCCUGACUUCUGGUAAACGGUCCCACCUGGAGUCUAGCAGCAGACCCCACUGAGGAGCAAGAGGCUGGUUAUAAGCCGAUAAGGCAGAUCUUCCUUGAUGACAUUUGUAUAAUGAAUGGAUCUGGAGUUCCUUUUUUUUUUUUUCCUAACAAAAACCCUAAGUCCUUUAGAAAUAUUCUUUUAGUCACCUGUUACAAAAUUAUUCUAAGAUGAAAUUGUUUAACCAUUUAACAGAAAGAUGUUAAUUUUAUUCAAUCUUAAAAGUUGGGAAAUACUAAAAUGACCUUCUUGAUGUUUUAAUCUUCCAUGUAUUCAGGAGGCUUCUGAAAUCUCUUUGGGCCACCUGAAAAAUGCCCAACACCUGCAUGAGUGAAACUGCUAUGCUUGCUCCCAGAAGUAAUGCUAGUAGUAGCACAUUUAAAAAAAAAAACUGGGGGUCUGGGUCCUGGCUCUGUCGUUGGUACGACCUUAACAUGAACCAUGUAGAAAUGUUUUCUUUCCUUCUGGGUUAUACACAGGGCAAAUAAGCAGAGGUGGGAAUGCUGAUAAGCACUUUAAAAAAGAAAAACACACAAAAAUAACUACUAUUAAAUAUAAAGGAGAGUGACUCCUACUUUGAAUGUGUUUACUUGAGGACAUAAAAGACUUGACAGGUUACUGCAGACUGAAGGUUUGCUGCUAGAAGUCAAUCAAACAGUUCUGGUGUUUGUGUGGUGUUGACUUGAAUGUAGCUAUACAAUGCCCAAGCAAACAGCUCCACCCAAGGCUGUUAACCCUGUUCAUCUAUCCCUGGAAAUUGCCAAGUCGAGGCUGACCUGUCCUGGGACCUAGGACACAUGCUGCCUACCACCAGAACGUUCACAUUAUUACUCAUUGCCAUGUCAGGUGCAUGCUCUCCUUAGAGCUAAGUUACACAGUGGAAUCUAGGGGUUCAAAAUGAAUGUUGUUGCACAAAUCAGCCCUCCGACUGCCGUACUACUUAUCAUAUAUGGCCUAGCACUGAAUUUCGUCUAUGAGAAUGUUUUGGUCUAUAUGGUUCUAUUUAAUCUUUCCUCCUAACUAGUGUUCAAUUCCCUCCAUAUAAUAUUUAUGUACAUUAUAUAUAUACAUAUAUAAAAGCUGUUUUAUAAUCAAUCUCAUGUAUAGUGACUUAUGGUUUUCUUCUAUCAGGCAUAAAUCAUUAUAGUUAUUAUGAGAUACAUAAGACAGGGAACUUUGUUUCAGGUCCUUUGGUUUUCUAAACUGUAAUUACCUAAAAUCUUUGUCAUGCUUAAUGUACUGUUUUGGGACUAAUAAACACCAGUAGUGUUCA